AUGCCACACAAAAACAAAUUUAUUAUUAUUAUCCCCAAAACUAAUCAUUUCAGAAACUCAGACUUUGAAUUCCAGACGCAUAAAAAUGGCUUCAUCUUCUUCGUCAUCCCUAAUCCUCUCUCAACUCCUUCCUCCAAUCCCCUCCUGUAAUUCCCAUCGUUUCAAAUCCUUAUUCCUCACCGUUUCCUUCCCCUCUUCUUCUUCUUCUUGUACCUUCAUUUCUUCUUCUAAAUCUCUGUCUCCAAUACAGAGAUUCUGCUCUGUUAGUACUAGAUUUUCUACUAAGAAACCCUUUACUGUAUCAGCUUCUUCUACUACUUCUACUCUUCAGGCACUAAUUUUUGACUGUGAUGGUGUGAUUCUUGAGUCUGAACAUUUACACAGACAAGCAUACAACGAUGCAUUUGCACAUUUCAAUGUUAAAUGCUCUGCUUCGGAUACUAAGCCACUCAAUUGGGAUUCUGAUUUUUAUGACGUUCUUCAGAAUCAAAUCGGGGGUGGAAAGCCUAAGAUGAGAUGGUAUUUUAAAGAGAAUGGAUGGCCAACUAGUUCAAUUUUCGAAUCUGCACCGGAAAAUGAUUCUGAUAAAGCUAAACUCAUUGAUACACUCCAGGAUUGGAAAACUGAAAGGUACAAAGAAAUUAUCAAAUCAGGAACUGUUGAACCUAGACCCGGAGUUUUGAGAUUAAUGGAUGAGGCCAAGACUGCUGGAAUUAAGUUAGCUGUUUGCUCUGCAGCAACAAAAAGUUCAGUAAUUCUUUGUCUUGAAAGCCUUAUUGGCAAUGAUCGAUUCAAAGGUCUCGACUGUUUCCUCGCAGGCUAAAGGACCUAAAAGAAUGGAUGAACGUCGCAAUGCCUUAAGUUUGCUUAAUUAUCACAAGUACACAGUUCAAUUGAAAAAAAUGAACGCAAAGCUUAUGUUGUUAUUACCAGGUUGAACAUAGACCCGGAGUUUUGAGAUUAAUGGAUGAGGCCAAGACUGAU